ACGACAUUGGAUAUUGCUCAGUGUCGCCUGAAGACCAAUUGGUGCACUCCACCCAAUAAUCAAUUAGAGCAGGAAGUGACGCAGACUAUGACGGCCACCACCACGACCAAGCCAAGCAAUGCGAAGGCCGAGGCGCCGCGCGGUCGUCCCGUGAGUGGGCGUGUGUGGAAGAAGGUGCAAAAGACGCGCUUCUCGUCGCAGGGAAUGAAGGGCACUAAGGUGUUGAGCACAACGUGGGAGGAGAAAAUGGUCAAGCGCGCUAAGCUCAAGGAGCUGAAGGAAUUGCAGACGGAGAUCAAGGCGCGGCGACAAGCCGAGAAGGAUGCCAAGCGGCAGGCACGUGAGGAGAAGGAGAAGCGCCGGAAGGAGAACGAGCUCAAGUCGGCAGCCGUCCAAGUCAUUUCACGCACGCACAGACUCAAAACUAUGAGCAAGAAACAGCUGCGUAAUAUCAAGAAGACGAUCGUCAACAAGCAGGGCGUGGUCGAGUAUGUGCCUGUUUACUCCAAGUAGGGCGACUACAGUUAGGACACAAGUUGCUCGCGUGCAGACAGACUUGUACUGUUGUUUUAUUGGGAAAAAAAAAUUCGUUUGACAUGUUUAUCCUGACUCCGACUGGCAGUGUGAUCCAGGUACCCUGUACUCUUUGGCUGAUCCUAUAGCGAGAACAAAUAUGGUUGAACGAUUGCCUUUGAUGGUAGUAAGACGACGAUAAAACACAGACGAAACAAUAGCAC